UUGGGGGUUUGCUAAACUUUCUAAAGCCCCCCACGUGACCCGUAAAGAACGUAUUUAUCUGUAAGUCUCGGAGCCGCUUCGACGAGGAUGACCGCAGCCACACACCUCACGAGAACGGGAGGGGGUUUGUUUUAAAGCAUUGUGUGUGUUGAUUUUAGGAGUCCCGACCACCAGCCCGCAGUGAAGAGAAGAGGACUCGUACUUGCGGACUUGAAACGAAACGUCGAUCCCAGAAGAUAUGUCGGUGACGAGCGGUCUGCCGUUCCUGAAGCCAGAACACCUGAUGCCCUCUUUAACUUCACCUGGCCGCCAGCGGCGCCACACCCUCCCGGCCAGCGAGUUCCGCUGCCUCACCCCGGAGGAUGCGAUCAGCGUGUUUGAGAUCGAGAGAGAAGCCUUCAUCUCGGUCUCCGGAGAUUGUCCCCUCCAUUUGGACGAGGUCCGCCACUUCCUGACCCUCUGUCCUGAGCUGUCUCUGGGCUGGUUUGAAGAAGGCAGGCUGGUGGCAUUCAUCAUCGGCUCUCUGUGGGACCAGGAGAAGCUCACAAUGGACGCUAUGACCCUACACAAGCCCCACGGCUCCACAGUGCACAUCCACGUGCUGGCAGUGCACCGCACGUUCAGACAGCAGGGCAAGGGCUCCAUCCUGAUGUGGCGCUACCUGCAGUACCUGCGCUGCCUGCCCUACGUGCGCCGCGCCGUGCUCAUGUGCGAGGACUUCCUGGUGCCCUUCUACCAGAAAUCGGGGUUCAAGGUCCUGGGCCCCUCCGAGAUCACUGUGGGGCCCCUGGCCUUCAUCGAGAUGCAGUUCCCCGUGAGGGGCCACGCCUUUAUGCGGCGCAACAGUGGCUGCUAGGCCGCCCCCGCGACCUGUUUCUCAGGCAAUGGAGUCCAGGGUGGCGUCUGGUCUGGGUUCAUAGAUUAGCUGUGUCAUGUUGGCUGAGGUAGUGCAGUAUUUAGAGGCUUUGCUUUCUGCACUGCGUGGCAAGAUAGCCCCCAUUUGUAAUAAUAGUUUACUUUCUUCAUCAGCUGUGUGUCAGCCCCUGCUGGUGCAGUAGGGUAACCCCGCAGAGACACGCACAGAAUCCUCUUUGAGAGAGUUCAGGUUUGAGGUUUGAGGUAACGCUAAAAGACAUAUCACAGACAGUGUGUGUCACCUUUACAGAAAAGCUUGUCUCCAGGUCCAUGCAUAUCCUGAGAACCUAGGGUAAUAAAAGAGGCCAUGAUGGAUGUCAUUACCAGACCUGGCACAAAUAUAUUUAUAUUUGAGAUUUCAUUUAUAAAUAUAAAAUAUUUCAAGAUUUUGUCCGCAUUCAAGUAUUUAUUUGAAAAUAUUUUAAUAUAACACUAAACAGAUGUUCAUAUAAAACUAAAUGUGUUAUGUUUCACAUCAUUGUAACACAUUUCUAAAUAUAUUUGAAACAGAAAUUGAAAUAUUUAAAUAUAUAUAAAUGUUCAACACUACAUUAUUUGAAAUAUUUAAUUAUUUGGAAUAAUAUACUUUUUUUUUUUUUUUUUUUUUAAUAUUUCAAUAAAAUCAGUAUUUCUCCCAGGUCUGUUCAUUAGUAAUAUGCAUGCACCUGGGGUAAGUUUUUAAAGUGAGGCUCCCCCUCCUCCCCCUGUCUCUUAUUCAGGGCUCCUGUGAAAGACAGAGUCUGCAGAACACUGCUCUCCUGGUGCUUCCAAGUAGAAAACAAAUCAACAGGGUCCAUAUUCCGGUCUGUAAGAAUAGAUAGAUUAAAAUAUGUGACCGGCCCAAGGCUAUUUGAAUGUGAUUUGUGAAUACUGUGCCAGGUCCCUGCAGAAUGUCCCUCUGCAGUCAGUACUGGGGGUCUGAGGUGGAACACUUCACUGUUAGUCUCGUAGCUUCUCUAGCUGUAUAUCUUUAUCAAAGCAUUAAAAAGUCAAACAAAAAGCAUCAAGUCGAUACCUAUUUUUGUGAUCUCUUGUGAGAAAAAAUACAAAGGAAGGACCAACAGCCUGUCUGACGAUGAUAAUAAUAAACUCAAGUGACUUGUUUUUGUCGUGCAAGGGAAAUUGCCUGAGAAACAGAUGCGCUUGCUUAUUUUUUUUACUUUUGCCUUAGAACACAGAGACUGCGACGGGAGGGAGGAGGAGGAGGGAGGAAGGGAAUGGAGAAGGGAGAGGGCAGGAGUGGAGGGAGGAGGAAAGGAAUGGUGGAGGAUGGGAGAGGAGAGAGGAAGGAGAGGGGG